CUUUUUCUUUCUCCCUCUCUGUCCUGUCCACCUUCUGUUCUUCCUCCUUUUCUCUAGCUUUUUGUUUCUCUCUUUUUCUACCUCAUUUUUUUUUAUCUGCUCCCUCAACAUAGGGAGGGAGCCCCUCCCAGCCCCCUUCCAACACCGAUCUUUGUGACUCUUGAUGCCUUGGCCACACAACUUCAAAACUGGCCUCCAUGCCUUCUGCUUCACAUCCUCCCUAUCCUUGAUCUGAAUUGACUCUCCAGUCCCCCACCACACACAGGUCUGCCCCUCCCCCCUCACUCCUCACUCACUUUUCCAUUGCUUGGCAGCCUACAGACAGGGCCUUUGGGGAACUGUUACCAUGUCAGACCCAGACUCAGGCUUUUCCGCCUCUUCCAAAGCCUCUUCCAGAGUUUCUUUCAUGCUAAACAGCGCAUCGGAUGGCAGCCCAGCUUCCGGGGGCUCUCAUAAAUUUUCAUUUAUGUUAAAUACCUCCUCAGACACACAUCCAGCCUCCAACACCUUAUUUGCUUAUAAUGAAUCGGAGUCCCGUGCCAUAGAUUCUUUUGAGAGGGAGCCUCUUGGCCGUUCUGGAAGGGACCCUUUCUCUCCUCUCGACCAAGAGUCUGAUGUCGCCAGCUCUUCCUUCGUCUCUUUUGCCAUGUCCCAUUCAAGUUUGCCACCAGACUCCAGGGACGCGCUUGCUGUUCCCAUGCCUAGGACAAGCCUUAUGGCUUCAUUUGUAUCCUAUUCUAAAAUGGGCCCAGAUGAAGGCCUGGAUGCCAGGGAUACGGCUCCUGUUCACAGACUAGUACCACACCGUGCUUCCUCUAAAAGUUCUUCUGUUUCUGAGCAGAUAAAGAAGUAUGUAGAACUCUUUUAUGUACCCGAAGAGAAACUUCUGCAGGUGAAAGACAGCAUGUUGGCAGCCAUGGAAAGCGGUCUAAAGCAGAAGAUUAAAGAAGGAAGCUCUUUACCAAUGUUGUCCUCCUAUGUUUGCACUUUGCCUGACGGCACUGAGCGAGGGGAUUUUAUCGGUCUCGAGCUGUGCCGCUCUCAUGUGAAGGUUCUGCUCUUACAGCUGACAGAUGACACUGAUGAACCAGAGGUAGUAAAGAGAAGGUCUUUUCCACUUGCAGAGAAGAUUAUCAAUGGCAAUGGAGAGCAGGUCUUUGAAUUCAUGGCACAAUGCCUGGCCACGUUUUUGAAUGGCCUUAACAUCAACAAGAAGUAUCUCCCACUGGGCUUCUGCUUUCCCUUCCCUUGCGAGCACAUCACGCUGACCCAGUGCAAGCUGAUCAAGUGGACCAAGGAUAGCCGGUGGCUGAAUGCAGAGGGACAGGAUGUGACAGAUCUGCUCCAAAAAGCUCUUAACCAACACUGCAAGAAUUACCAAAUAGAGGUCCUUGCUGUGGUAAACAAUACGGUGGGAACCUUGCUGAGUGCCAACUCUGAAGCAGAGCCCUGUGAGGUUGGACUUGUGAUCGAUGUUGGCACUAACUGCUGCUACAUUGAAGAGAUGCAGCGUAUAGCCGGCUUGGGUAAAAGCGAAGGACGCAUAUGCGUAAACACUGAAUGGGGCUCUUUUGGGAAUGCUGGUGAGAUGAACCAUCUCCUGACAGAGUUUGACCUGUUAAUGGACAGGCAAUCCAUGGAUCAAGGCAAAUACAGGUUUGAGAAGUUGGUCGGUAGCUUGUAUCUGUGUGAGACCAUUCGUGUGAUUCUAGCCAAUCUUGCUGAGAAAGGUGAACUCUUUAAUGGGGUCUUGACUCCCACACUGAUGACCAAAGGAAAGGUGGAACUCCAGGAUGUUGUGGAGAUCAUAGAUGAAAAAGUGGGCCUGGCCAGAACCAAGAACUUUCUUGCCCGCCUGGGAAUGGUGGCGAGCAACCAAGACUGUUUCCAUGUGCAGCAAAUAUGUCAAGCCAUCUUUACCCGUUCGGCCAGGCUCUGUGCUGCUGGAUUGGCUGGCAUCCUCACACAUAUCCGUAAUGCUCAAGGGCUGACGUCACUAAAAGUCAUCGUGGCUGUGGAUGGGGAAUUGUACAAGAGUCAAACUCAGUAUGUUGAGAUACUGAAGCAGACCUUGAGGUCCCUGGUCCCUGAAUGUACCGUCAAAUUUGUCCAGUCUGAGAAUGGCAGCGGCUAUGGGGCUGCCUUGGUUGCAGCUGUAGAAGUGCGGCUUAGAAGGCAGCGCGAGGCGGUGGACCAGAUCCUGGCACCUUUCCGACUUUCUAUAGUGGAGCUUGAAAAACUACGGAACAAGAUGAGGCAGGAGAUGGAAAAGGGGUUGUCCAAGGAGACGAACAGCAAAGCCUCCGUUCGCAUGUUGCCCACUUAUGUGCGCCAUUUGCCUGAUGGCACCGAGAGAGGCGAUUUCCUGGCCCUGGAUCUGGGUGGGACCAAUUUCCGAGUGCUGCUGGUACAGGUGCAAGGCCGAGAAGAGGGUGGCGUGCGUAUGACCAGUGAGACAUAUACCAUUCCACCAGAAAUUGCCCAGAGCAAUGCCACACAGCUUUUCGACCACAUUGUUCACUGUAUUGUGGAUUUCAACAGUAAACACAGCAUUUUGGGACGUGCACUGCCGUUGGGUUUCACAUUUUCCUUUCCCUGCCAUCAAGUAAACCUGGACAAGGGCAUCUUGCUGAGAUGGACCAAGGGCUUCAGUGCUUCAGGCUGUGUGGGAGAAGAUGCUGUGAGUUUGCUGAGGCAGGCCCUCCAGCGUCAACCGAACGUUGAUGUAGAUGUGGUUGCCAUAGUGAAUGACACUGUGGGAACCAUGAUGUCAUGUGCCUAUGCAGACCCCAAGUGCGAGGUCGGCCUCAUUGUUGGAACAGGCACCAACGCUUGCUAUAUGGAAGAAAUGCGGAACAUAGGCACUGUGGAGGGUGAGGAGGGCAGAAUGUGUAUCAAUAUGGAAUGGGGGGCCUUUGGAGACGAUGGUUGCCUUGAAAGCUACAUGACACCUUUUGAUGUGAAAGUGGAUGCAGAGUCCAUCAAUGCAGGCCAGCAGAGAUAUGAGAAGCUCAUCAGCGGCAUGUACUUGGGUGAGAUAGUACGCUAUAUUUUACUGGAACUAGCAUCUCGCAAGAUCCUCUUUAAGGGCCGGCAGUCACAUAAACUAAAGACCAUGAACAUCUUCCCCACCAAAUUCCUAACCAACGUUGAAGACAGCGAAGGCCACCAACAUGUGUGCAACAUGCUGGAAAGUUUCGGGUUGACCGUGUCUCUUGAGGAUGGCCUUGUGGUAAAAGAAGUGUGCCAUACCAUCUCUUCACGUGCUGCUAAAAUGUGUGCAGCAGGAGUGGCUGCUGUUGUGGAUAAGAUCCGAGAGAAUAAGCGCAUGACGAAGCUGGAUGUGACCGUUGGUGUGGAUGGAACACUGUACAAGCUACACCACUUCUUUGCAAAAAAGCUUCAAGAUACCGUGGCACUGCUUGCUCCAAACUGCAACGUCAAGUUUUUGCUGUCAGAGGAUGGCUCAGGAAAGGGAGCAGCGCUGAUUGCUGCUGUGGCCUGCCCUAAGUAACAGAAGACUCCACUUGAUGUGUACAAAUAUCUGCCAGUAAGCAAGAUGCUGGACUACUCUUUGCCAGGUCCAGACCUUGAAGCUUCAGCACAACUCUCAUCCUGUUUUGUGACAGCUGUGGCAAAGUUACAGGAAAGGCAUGUCUUGGUAGUUACAGCAUUUCACCUUUGCAAUUCUUAACAUCUGAUUGAUGCCAAAGCAAGGUGGGGGGGGGGGAAUAAAGUGAAUUCCUGCU